AUGAACAACAUCAUCCCACUGCUUUAUGUCCUGGAACAGAUGCUGAUGAAUCUGUCUGGCCAUGGGAUAGAAAACGUGGCACCUACAUCUCAUAGCCAUCUGGGCCCUGUGGGGGCUGAACUGGAUGAGGAGGAGGAGGACAUUUAUGUACAAGGCAACUGCCACAUGAGAGAUACUCACGCAGAGGUAGAAGAAGCCGAGUAUAGCUUAGCUGUGGCACAUUUUGGGCCUAAUCCACCCACAGUGUCGGCAGAAUCACCAGAUCCUGAAACAGAUAUGGCCCUGGCAGUUCUUUUGGAGCCAGAUGUGAAUGUUUUGGAUUUCAGAAAAUCUGAAUUUGUUGUAAUUCAUCUGGCACAAAAUGUAGAAAAAGAAGAAGAAGUUCGCUCAUCACUAGUCACAGAGUUUAUUCUUCUAGGAUUUCAAGGCAGUCAAUAUUUAAGAACAUUCCUGUUCUGUCUUCUCCUCGUGGUUUACUAUGGAACAAUAUGUGGGAACCUCCUGAUUAUCACCCUGGUGUCCUCCAGCAAGAACCUCCACACUCCAAUGUACUUUUUCAUCUCACAAUUGUCCAUGAGUGACAUCUUAUUAACAACUGAUAUUGUUCCCAACAUGCUCCACGGUCUACUGAAUAAUGGGGUCACUAUUACAUUUUCUGGCUGUUUUAUUCAGUUUUAUUUUUUCUGUAGUUUAGAGAUAUUUGAGUGCUUUCUUCUCACAGUGAUGUCCUAUGACAGAUAUGUGGCCAUCUGUAAUCCUCUUCAUUAUACUUCUAUCAUGACAAGUGCACAUUGUAUGAGAUUGAUUGCCACCUGCUGGUUGUUAGGAUUUUCCGCUGCAUUCGUUGAUGUUCUAAUGACACUGAUGUUAAACUUUUGUGGUCCAAAUAUCAUUGACCAUUUCUUCUGUGACCUUGUUCCCUUGAUAGAAAUUGCCUGUUCUGGUACCUACUCCGUUCAACUUGAAAUCGACUUACUAAGUAUACCGACGGUCAUCACACCGCCCAUAAUGAUUGUAUUGUCUUAUGUUCAAAUUGUUUCUGUCAUCUUAAGGAUCCCAUCCAGUACUGGUAGACAGAAAGCCUUCUCCACCUGUAGCUCCCACCUCAUUGUGGUCUCCAUAUUCUACUGCACUUUGUUUACAGUUUAUAUUGUUCCAACAAGAGAACAAACAUUGACCAUCAGUAAAAUCCUCUCCCUGCUAUAUACUGUGUUUACUCCCUUGAUCAACCCCAUUAUAUACAGUCUGAGGAAUAAAGACAUUAAGAAAGCAGUAAGUCUGAAAUGA